AUGUCACUGCCAAAAGCGGUGACCCCGAGCUACACUCGGGGCUUACCAUGUGGCGCUGCAUAGGGAGUCCCUGCAGCACUUACCUUGUCCUUCGCUCCCGCGAUGUGUCCCCUGCAGCAUCCCCGGCCAUCUCCUCCGGCCGAUGCCGGCAUCCGGCUUCUGUGUUCCGGUCCUUGUGACAUCGGGACGUACGGGCGCCGCCGGCAGAGGGAAAUUUGAAAAUUUUAAAAAAUUGUAAUUUUUUUCAAAAACACAUUUUUCAUAUGCUUUGUCCUGUGCCCUGCCUGCGUUUUGUCUGUUCUUUCUG